AUGAGUGAUGAAAUGAAAUAUUUUUUAGCAGGUGUAUUGAUUGGUCUACCAAUAGAAAAUUAUUGGGCACCGAUUAAUGUUUCAUGGGGUUUAGAAAAUAGAACAGCUGCAGUUAGAGUGAUCACCCCACCAAUUUCUUCACCAUCAUCUACACGCAUUGAAUUGAGAGUACCAGGAGCUGAUAUUAAUCCAUAUUUUGCAAUUGCUGCAACAUUGGCAUGUGGCUUGUAUGGAAUUAAAAAUAAGCUUCCAAUACCUAUUCCACCUGAAUCUGAUCUUUCAACCACUAAUAAAGUAGAUGGUAAAGCAGUAGAUGGUGAAAUAUUGAGAUCAAGAAAAUUGGCAAGAAGUUUAAAAGAGGCAACAGAUAAAAUGAUGGAAAAAAAUUCUAUUGCUAGAAAAGUUUUAGGUGAUGAGUUUGUGGAUCAUUUUGGUAAAACUAGAUUACAUGAAUGGAGAUUAUGGGAAAAUAGUGUUACUAAUUGGGAAACUAAAAGAUAUUUUGAACUUGUUUAA